AUGCUUGAAACUGUUGUUGAACUUAGGCAAGCAUUUGAUAGAUUGGCUGAUGAGGAUGAUGAGGAAAAUGAGGAAGAAGGAGAAGAUGUGGGGAGAGGGAAAAAAGUGGGGCCUCCAACAGAUGAUGAUUGGAAAAAAGCUGUUGCAUUUGUCAAGUUUUUUAGAGUGCUUUUUGAUGUUACAUUAAAUGUUAGUGCUUCAAGCAAACCUACUGCUCACAAAGCAUUCCAUGAUAUUGUUUCAAUUAAAUGUGAGAUUGAAGGUGUUUUUGAUGCACCAAUCACAAACCACAACACAUAUUUUGAGAAAACAUUGUUCAAUAUGUCAGUCCAAAUGAGGAGCAAGUACAAAAAGUACUUUGAUUCACUAGAUGAUGUAAAUCAGCUUCUGGUUGUUGCUCUGGUGUUAGACCUUAGGUUCAAGCUAAGAUAUUUCACUAAGGUUCUUGAGAGGAUGCUGAAUUAUGAUGCCUUUACUAUAAAAGUGAAGACAGAAAGUUUGAAAGAGUUGAUUGUUACUCUCACUGUCUUGUAUGCUUCAAUGAAUGGUGUACAAAAUUCUAGCACAAAAAAGACAGAUGGUGUUGAAACUGGGACUAAGAGUGGAAGCAGGUGUUCUUCAAAGAAGCUGAGAGGGAAGAAAGCAAAAAUGAUGGAAGAUUGGAAAAAAGACCUUGAAGAUGUUGAUGCUGUUGUAGUUGCUCAUGAGGUGGACAUAUAUCUACUUGAUCCCAUUGAGAAGCCAGAUCCAAGAAUUAAAUUCGAUAUUUUGUCAUGGUGGAGGCUAAUGGGAGGUUGUAUUGUGGAUGUGGACUUUGGCUUGCAGACCCCACUCGCUGCCGGACGUGACUCGCCGUCGGACGUGGCUCGCCGUCGGAGUUGA